AGUAGAACUAGUGUUUAUCGCUAUGCCAGGCUAUUGUUUCGAAAUCUUUAACGUUUUUGAUUUUUUUGAUAAAACAAAUAAAGCAAACUUUUGGGAAUUUGUCAGACUGGAACACGCACAAGUAAUGGAUAUCCCCAUAUCAGGUACUGUCAAUCAUUUUUUAAAGCCAGAAAAUUUAAGGAAGAAUCGGUAUCAUGAUGUAACGUGUUGGGAUAACUCCCGAGUGGUUUUAAGCUCUCACGGAAGUAAAAUGUAUGAUUAUGGAGAUUCCGAUGGGAAGAAAAUAAUCGUUACAUCUCAAGACAGCGACUCAACUUAUAUACAUGCCAGCUUCGUAAAUGGUUUCAAAGAAGCAAAUAAAUUUAUCUGCUGUCAGGGCCCGAAAGAAAGCACGAGUGGUGACUUCUGGAAAAUGGUGUCAGAACAUAAUUCUAGUGUUAUUGUGUCCCUAACGGAAACAGAUGAUGAAGAUCAAGUGUGUUAUGAAUAUUGGGUCAAAGAAGAGGAUUAUGAACUAGCAUUUGGAAGAUAUGUUGUAAAAACCCUUGAAAUUAUAGAAGAGUCUAGUUUUACCAGAACACGAUUGCGACUCACUGAUGUGAGCAGUGAUACUUCACGGGAGAUCCAUCACUUUUGGUAUCCUCAUUGGUCCGACUACGGUAAUCCUACCAAUCCGGCGGAAAUAUUAAAUCUAAUAUCAAAAGUGAACCAAAAACGAAAAGAGAUGAAAAAGACAGCAGACUCUCAACCGGGACCGAUAGUGGUCCACUGCUCUGCAGGAAUUGGUCGGACAGGAACGUUUUGUACCAUAGACAACGCGUUAUCACAAUUACGGAAAGAACAAACAGUGUGCCUACCGCAGACAGUGCUGAAAAUACGGAAGCAAAGACAUUCAAGUGUGUUUCUUCCUGAACAGUAUGCAUUCUGUUACAAAGCAGUGAGAUAUGCUUUAAUAAGAGAAAUAAAAAAAAAAUUUUUUUAUUAACUGGUUUCACAGCUUGAAUUUGUAUAAA